GGUGCCUUCACCUCAAAACUUGUCCACUUUUUUCUUCUGCCGGCUACUCCACUCUCAAUCCACUUCGCCCGUAAUGUAAUGGUUAUUCGGAAGAAUCAGAAGCAGACGAAAACGAAGAGUCAUCGGUUACCGUCGUCAUUAAAUUCGAAUGGCGGUCUCAUCAAUGAACGAAAAACAGAAGCUGAGGAAAAAAGUGGAAGUUUUGGCGAGAGCAUGUAAUAAUUACGAGCAACUUGUCGAUAAAUGCCGGAAGACGACAAAUCUGGACAUGUUCCGUAUUUUGUACGAGAUGGGAAAGUACGAAAUGGUCAUAGAUGGACAGAAAACGCUAGACGAGGCAAUUAAACACAAUGGAAAGAAACUAGUGGUGGAAUUUGUGUUGCAAAAAUAUGAAGAGGACACAGUUCGAGUGAAAACAGGAAAUAUAAUAACGGUUUCAGAACCUGAUGAAAUAGAACCUGAGCCUAAUAUCGUUAUGAAAGCGCUAAUGGACAGUUUGCCGAAUACCAAUGACCUUGAUCGACAAAGUUACGCAGGAACAUUGGCUGGUCGAUCGUACGGAUUGCCGAGUCAAGCAAGCAGAUAUUCCGAAAAAUUGCCAAGUAUACCGAGGCGUUAUAGCUUGGGAAAGCUGAUUGGAAGAGGAACUCUUGGAUCCGUAUACUUGGCAGAAGGAAAAAAAGGAGGAACUUAUGCGGUGAAAAUCAUUUCGAAACACGGGAGACAUCUUCCUCAAGAAGCCGAUGUGGAAUAUCUGAGAAUGCUGCGACAUGUGAGAAUCGUUGAAUAUUUGUACAUAAUCGAGCCUUCAAAAUCAAACGAUAUUCAUAUUCUUAUGGAAUAUAUGCAUACUGGAUCAUUGCAAGAAUAUAUUGCAAGAACUGGACCUUUGCAUCAUGAGCUGGUUAAGGCUUACGCAAAACAGAUUCUUGAAGGACUAGAGUUCUUGCACUCGAAAAACAUAAUUCAUCAAGAUUUAAAGCCAGCAAACCUUUUAUUAAAAAAUACGCAUCGCGAAAGGCUCAUUAAAAUUGCGGAUUUCGGAUCGAGCAGGUUUUCCUCACUGAAGCGGGAACGUGAAGGACAACAAGGAAGAACUCCAAAAUACACUGAUCCAGGUGUAUCGUUAGGAAGACAUGUUUCUGGAAGGCGAUCUGAUAUUUGGAGUCUUGGAGUUAUUAUAAUUGAAAUGUAUACAGGAGUAUAUCCAUGGUCUAUAGAUGGUGAACAUCCGAUUACUGUACCAAGAAUUCUCGAUGAAAAUCCACCGAAUUUUACGACAAGCGAAAAAAUUGACGAAAAUCUGAUCAAAAUGGCAAAACUUAUGCUUCAAUCAGUCGCCAAAAGACCAUAUGCAUCUACUCUUCUAGAACUUCCAAUUCUUCAAGAAUCCUCUGAAAAUGAAGAUGAAGAUUCUGAUGACGACGACGACUAUUUCUAGAUUUUCACCAUUUUUCUCAAUUUUCUGUUUUACUAAUUGCCAUAUUUCUCUUACAUUACACGAGGUCGUUCACGAGGACGAGGUUCUAGUCACUGUUAGUUGCAAACUUGUACAUAAAACGAGUAUCUUUUG